AUGUCAUCUGUAAAUUAUGUUGAGCUCUUUACAGUAACUGCCGCGGGAACACUUCAAGGAAAAUACUGUGGAGAAGGAACGGGCUUUGCUGGCGAAGAGUUUCUCUACCAAGGACCAGUUGUCAUCGAAUGGAAAUCUGACGGAGGUGUCAACAACAUAGGAUUUCGUAUCGAAUACGAAGUUAUCUCGGCCGACCCAUGUGACAAUGUCCAAUGUCAAAACGGAGGCACUUGUGAUGAAGGAAUGUGUGUAUGUCUAGCAGGCUUUGAAGGCGAGCUUUGUCAAGAAAACGUAGACGACUGUAUCGACGUCUCCUGCAAUAAUGGAAGCUGUGUAGAUGGAGUCAACGAUUUCUAUUGCGAUUGUUUUUCCGGAUUUACUGGCUAUUAA